AACAUUUUUAGUGAUGGCCGAUGGUUCAGUUGGAAGGGAUGUUAAAACGACCGUUGCCGAAAUUUAGUGUUAAUUUAAUCACGUUUCCAAUCCGUCGGUGUUAAAAAGUGAAUGAAAUUAAUCAGGAAAAACGUUUCCCGUGCAUUAGUGUUUUGCGUGUCAGUUAAAUUGCUUGUGUGGUACGGUGCUGAAUGUUUGUUGUGUCGUUAUAAUAAUAGGAUCAGUGGAAGAUUCGUUAUAUUGGAUUACGGAUCGGUGUUUAUUUAAUUUUCAAGAAAUAUAGAUAGUGUUGUGCUUGUGAAGUGCAUCGAUGAUACUCUAGGAGCUUCCGGGACGGGGGCGCCACGCUGCUCGAAUUUAUCAUUUAGGGGCGGUGUGUGAGUGUCGCACCGCCAUGUCGCACCACAGCGACGAGCAGUCCAUGCUCACAGUCACUUCCGACUCCUUCUGGGAGCCCGGCAACUACAAGCGGACCACGAGGCGAGUCGACGACGGGCACAGGCUAUGUGGGGAGCUACAGGCCCUCGUACAGGAGAGGGCGGAUAUAGAGAAGACUUAUGCCAAAAGUUUGAGAGGGUGGGCGAAGAAAUGGAACGACCUUAUAGAGAAAGGACCUGAAUACGGCACGAUGGAGGCGGCGUGGAAAGGCGGCAUGGUGGAGGCGGAGAGACUGUCCGACUUGCACCUCACCGUCCGCGACCGGCUCGUCAACGACGUCAUGGCGCAGAUCAAGAACUGGCAGAAAGAUACCUACCACAAGUCAAUGAUCCAGCUAAAAGAAAGGAAAGAAAUGGACGAAGCGUUCAAGAAAGCGCAGAAGCCAUGGGCCAAGUUUCUCCAGAAGGUGGAACGUACGAGGCUCGAGUACCACACGGCGUGCAAGCAGGAGCGGACCGCGCAGAACCAGGAACGAAACGCUGGAGGGGACAGUUCGCUGAGUCCUGAUCAGGUUAAGAAAAUGGCGGAGCGCGUAUCCAAAUGCCGCGAGGAAGUGUCCAAGUCCCGAGAGAAAUACCAAGCGGCUCUCGCCGAGAUCACCGCCUACAAUCCUCGAUACAUCGAGGACAUGAGCGGUGUCUUCGAUAGGUGUCAACAGAUGGAAGCCCAUCGGCUGACCUUCUUCAAGGACGUGCUGUUCAGCUUCCACAAGUGCCUCAACAUCAGUCAGGAGCCUACAUUACCCCAAAUCUACGAGGAGUUCCACCACACGAUAAACAACGCGGACCACCAAAAGGACCUGAAGUGGUGGGCCAACAACCACGGCGUUAAUAUGGCCAUGGCGUGGCCUCAGUUUGAGGAGUACACGGAGGAGUUCCGCGAGAUCGCGAAGGGCAAGAAGGAGUCGCUGCCCACCGCGCCCAUCACGCUGCUCAACCAGCGCCCAGUCAGCGAGGACGAGUUGCCGCCGAUCACAAACAACAAGUUGGCGCCGAAGGCCAACCACGAGCCGCCGCCGGCCAACCACAACAACACUUCGAACGCCAACAACACGAACAACGUUAUCAAGAAGGAAACCAUUAGCGCACCUAUUGCUGUCACGAACGGCACGGCCUCCGCACCAAAAUCCAACAAGAGCUCCCCAGCUAAAGAACCGCCCGGCAAACCGCAGGAGAACCCGUUCGAGGAAGACGAGUGGGACGAGGAGUCCGGCGGAGCGCUCACCGACACCGGCGAGCCCGGCCAGCCCGUGCGGGCGCUGUACGACUACACGGGGGCGGAGAGCGACGAACUCAGCUUCAGACAAGGCGACCUAUUCGAGAAACUAGAAGACGAGGACGAGCAGGGCUGGUGCAAGGGCCGCAAGGACGGGCGCGUCGGCCUCUACCCGGCCAACUACGUCGAGCCCGUCGGGCACUAACCCGACCUCUACGUCGAGCACGCCCACUCGCCCACUAGCCGGUAAUGAGAGUACAAGGACCUCACUCAGUCCUACACUGGACCUGCGCACUGUGGAAAGACGCCAUACUUGUGGUUAGACAUAAGAAUUUUCUAUUUAUCCAUAAUAACUUUUUAUCGUGUUGACAAAAAAUUUUAAAAUUUGAGAUAUAGUAAAUUUCAUGGAUGUUUGUUAGGAUAAUAAAUAGUUAUCAUCGAAAAGCAGAAAAUUCUCAUGUCCAACUACAAAUAUGGCGUAGUUUCACAGUGCCGCAGAUAAACAGGGCUUUCCGUCUAGGUCUCGUCAGACCAUAACGGAAUUUCCCAGGCGCAGCAUCCAGUUUGAAUGUAAGGUCCUUGACUACGUCUUUGUCAGUGCGCUCUUGUUCAAGUUACGUCGCCCAUCGCAAUGCUAUGAGCGUGACGCGAGUUUCAAAAUUGACGCCGUGGACGGAGCGAGCCCAUCUAUGUAGCCAAUCGCUAGCACAACCAGGUUUAUACUCUAUAUUGGAAUAUUGAUAGCGUUCAAUCCGUGGUCUCUGCCUACCCCUCCGGGAAAUAGGCGUGAUUAUAUUUAUGUAUGUAUGAUAGCGUUCAUUUUAACUCGAGGAUUAGGUCGCGCAGUCAAGCAGGAUGGCCGUGUUGGAGUCCGCUAAAUUCAGAUUAAAAAUAAAAACAAAUAAAAUUCAAUCGUUCAACCAAUGUUAUGCUACAAGUCUGAAGUUCCAAAUAUCUAUGGUAUUUUGUUUUUAUCACUUUGCAUUGUUUAAGUAUUUUAUUUAUUUUAGAAUAUAAUUCGGUUGUGCUAGCUAUUUAUGUGUUUUACUAGAGGCCGUUAUUUGUCAAAGCGUUUUGUUUACGUUGAAAUACAAACAUUCGUACAUCGACUAGGUAUUUUGAGUGUUAAAUACACUCAAGGAAUGGUAAAAUACGCAGUUGCAAAGUUGUUAAAGAGUUUGUUGUCUUAGCUUUUCUAUCAAUUUCUACAUCAGAAAGUGUCAAUAGAUAUGGCUAAUAAUGUAUGUGUUAGGGGUAAUGUUAGAAGGUUAAUUAAACUCAAGUUUACCCUGGUAUAACUAGUAUUACCCGAGCCCUUUGGGUAAAUUCCGAAAAUUCCAACGACAUUAAACUGUAUUUGGCGUUUACCCGUACACAUCUAGGUCUACCCAACACUGGCUGGGUAAUGUUAGGUGUUGCAUCAUCACUUCUGACAUUACCCUCCCAGUGUUGGGUAGACCUAGAUGUAUACGCGUAAACGCCGAAUACAAGUUAAAAUUGAUUUAAUUUUCGGUCUUUACCCAAAAGGCUUGGGUAAUACUAGGUAUAACCAGGUAAACUAGUUUACUUAAUUGUUACGGGUAAUGUUAGAAAGUUAAUUAAGAAGUGAUUAUGCAACACCUAACAUUACCCAGCCAGUGUUGGGAAGACCUAGAUGUGUACGGGUUCGGGUAAUCGCCGAAUACAGAUUAAUGUUGAUUAAACUUUCGGACUUUAUCCAAAAGGCUCGGGUAAGACUAAUUAUACCAGGGUAAACUUGAGUUUAAUUAACCUUCUAACAGACUUCCGGUUCGAACGCCAUCUUGAUAGUAGCCUCGUGAUUAAUUCCUUUGUUUUUUGCUCAUUAAUAUUGUUUAAAGUGUAAUAUCGAUAGCUUUAUUAUACAAUAAUCUAAUGUGGUAGUGUGCAGUGAAUGGAGAAUUAAUCUCAAAGCGUGUUUAACCACCAUUUUGGAGUCAACGGCCGGUAGUCCACGUGCUUCUCGUAAAAUCCAGCUAUCGGUUUUACGAGACAACUACAACAACCACCGAACAGCGUCGUGCUCUAAGAGCAUUUAUUUUGUUCCUACCCUUUUACGUGACAUUGGCUACGGGCAACACCGCCCUCAAGUUCAUCAAGAAAAAAAAAAAAAAAGAGAACCUAACAUUACCCGUAACAUAUGCAUUACUUGAUAGUUUCCUCGUAACCUCAAAGUUUAGUUAUUUUGAAAUUACUGUAACGCGAAAAUAAAUAGUAAAAUGGCUAUAGAUUUCAUUGAUUAGGCCAUUCUGAUUGACCUUCAAGUAUAAACUUGCUAUACCAUUCUAGUGUCUUUUGAACUGUAUGAUGGAACAGUGGCCUUAAAUGGUCGCUACGGUUUUCGCUUCGAGUAUGUUGCGACAACUCUAAAAGGGCUAAAUAUGGGCAUAACAACAUUCAAUAAACAAAAAGUUUGUCUCGUUGCCUUGAGCGUUAAAGUGAGACCAAAAACCGCUCUUUAAAUUCAUUAUUUUUUUCGCUGCUGUUUUGAAUUUAGUUUUUUUUUUUCAUUUUUUAUCCAAUAAGCUUCUAAAAUGUUGUGUUUCUUACUGUUACUCAAACAGCAUCGAAUUUAAUGAAUUUACUGAUACGACUUAUGCCCUUGUAAUACUAAUACGACAGCGACAAGCGUUACUAACCGAAAAGGUCUUAUUUUUACUGUAUUAUUUUAGUUAGUUUUCCUUUCAAUGUCGGUUUCUAUUUUAAAAACGACAUUAAUACGCUAGUCUUUUAUCUUAUUGUUGUUUCUCUUUAAACCUAGCGUUUAAAAUGUCGUUUUUCAUAGAAAGUUAACGCUGGUUGCUACAAGAUUUCAAAUGAGUUGGAGUUCCGUUUUCACCGUACAGUUACACGCUGUACCGUCUAAAUGGUUUCCAAAAUGUAGCUCACGUAGUUCUUAGGUUAAACUUGAGAAGUGACUCUUGUCUAUAUAAACAUCAAAAUUCUUCUAUGUCAAGUUGUGUUUAAAUACACGUUCCUUUUACAUAGGCGAGAGGCAUUUCUUUCGAGCUAUACACCCGUUCGAGCGAGGCAAAGACCGCGCGAUAGUCAAUAGUAUAACGACAGGUGAUGUGUUAAGUACAUUAAAUUAGUUAUGUCUCCUUGUACCGAUUAUGGAUAACGAUAUAAAUUCACAUCGAUAAGUUUCGCCGUAAGCUUUAAAUUGUCUUAUGAUGUACCGAAUCCGAUCACUUGCACAAAAGAAAAUCGGAAAUUCGACUGCGGAUAUUAUUGUAUCGAUGCUUGUCUGUCCCUUUAACCGCCGUAGACUGAUAUAUAAGAUACAAAAUCGGGCUAUUUCGCCGCGGUCUGAUAAAUAAGACGAAACUUUGCCUAACUUCGUACCGCCGGCGACACGAACACGCUCGAUGAAAAAUUCUAUGGUGGUUAAAAGGCAUUUCGAUUGAUACAUUUAACACAUUCACUGCCCCCAACGCACAUGUGCGUUCACCGUCAUACAAGUUUGUUCCUAGGCCACGCCCCCUGGCAGUGAAUGAGUUAAAUAAUUUGAAUGUUAUUGCAGUGCAUAUUUUCUGCCAAACUUUUGAAAUUAUGUCGAAUUGUUAACCAUGUUUGUUCGAGAUCGAAGAUUUUUAUGUGCAAAUUGAUCUGGAACUUUUACCAGUCAUGUUUUAGAGGAUUUUAAAAUUGUGACUCGCCAACCAAGACUUUAUUUCUGACGCAUUUGGACCCAAAAGUUUUUUACGAUUUCUAGACUUUUCUAUUGUAUAAUUUUGAAAAGUUUUCCGACUGUCCACGGGUGGGAUUCGUAAGAGAUAUUUUUGGACGAAGUUGUUUGUACAAUGUGGAAACCAAAAAUGUUAAUUUAAACUUUAGUGGCAUUUAGUGGUGUAUGGACACUAUAACGCACCGCUCCGAGGCCGUGGGGGACGCGAUUAUAUUUUGUGAUAUGUGGGUGCGGUUAUAGUACAUACACGAUUAUAUAUUUUGUCGUGCAUAUAAUAUAUUUAUUUCCCAUUGUAUAUAAUGUAUAAUGAUAGCGAGUAAUGUGAAGUUCAUGUAAUGGGGUGGUCGCAAAGCUAUGCACGGAUGACGGUUGCGUUUUUAUCGCUAGCGAUAAGUGAUAAAAAUAUGACCGUUAUAGGCCGUCUGAUUUCGGCCUAGCAUCGCCUCCCGAGUAGUUUAAAUAGUGAUAACAAUUAAUAUAUUAUGAAAUGUUUACGUCAAGGGUGUUUUUCCUUUUUUACCUGCGGGCCUUCGGCUCGCUAGUUAGUCGUAGCUCUUGUUUUUUUUGUUAUGGGUUCAGUGACCUCUUGUGCAAAUUCUUUGUAUUAUAUUAUUAUCAGAGUCAGGUGGCUUUGGACCACGUAUGUUAAUAUAUUAUUAAUAUUGGUAAAAUAAAAAUUGUUACAUAUGA